GUCAGACCAACGCGAACCUCCCUCGAGCGAAGACUCACUUUCACUCUCUAUCAAACGAACGAACGCGUGUGUGCUCAAUAGCAAAACGAUUAGAAUUAGAAGGAUAUUUUUUUGCUAAUUUUUCAAAUAAUCGAGAAUAAUCGAAAUACUUGAAUUGAAAUACUCGAAUGAAAAGUGAAGUGGAGUGUGGCAAGUGUGUUUAAAUGUCGUUAUGCAUGUGGACUACGUGCAGUGUUGUCGUGCUUUGUGCAUACGAUAAUCUUUGGGAUUAUUUUUUAAAACAGUUGUCGGCAUUCUUGUAAUUUGGAUUAAUUUGCGGUUCAUGAGAAGAAACAAGUUUUCAAGAUGAUUCUUGCUCCGGACAGUAGUAUGCAGGUUUUGGCAGUGCCACCUGCUCCAGAAUCGCCAAUUUCAUCCAUAUCCUCACAUUGCUCGCGAGGAUCCAAUGUUUCAAUGGUAUCCUGCAUGUCGAGCAUGUCCCCUUCUUACAGAGUUGCUCAAGUCCCUCAUCUCAACCCUAAUAUGCCCACGAUGGACUCGACUGUCUCCUCGGCCAGGCCUGAGCCUGAACUUAACAUAGAAUUUGAUGGAACCACAGUUCUAUGCAGAGUUUGUGGCGACAAAGCCUCUGGUUUUCAUUAUGGAGUUCAUUCCUGUGAAGGAUGCAAGGGUUUUUUCCGAAGGAGUAUCCAGCAGAAAAUUCAGUACAGGCCUUGCACCAAGAAUCAACAGUGCAGCAUUCUUCGGAUCAACAGAAAUCGUUGUCAGUACUGUCGUCUCAAGAAGUGCAUCGCUGUUGGCAUGAGUCGAGAUGCUGUUCGAUUCGGGCGUGUGCCUAAAAGAGAGAAGGCAAGAAUUUUGGCUGCAAUGCAGCAGAGUUCUCACAGUCGCUCUCAGGAGAAGGCAGUAGCUGCCGAAUUGGAGGAUGAACAACGUCUUUUGUCCACUGUUGUUCGUGCUCAUUUGGACACGUGCGAUUUUACGAGAGACAAGGUUGCUCCGGUUCUCGCCAGAGCAAGGGAAACUCCAAACUACACCGCAUGUCCACCAACCUUGGCUUGCCCAUUGAAUCCAAACCCACAGCCGUUGACCGGUCAACAGGAAUUGUUGCAAGACUUUUCCAAGAGGUUCUCACCAGCAAUUCGUGGUGUAGUGGAAUUUGCAAAACGGAUCCCGGGCUUCAGUUUACUCGCCCAGGAUGAUCAAGUUACUUUACUAAAAGCCGGAGUAUUUGAAGUUCUGUUGGUUCGAUUGGCUUGUAUGUUCGACGCGCAAACCAACAGCAUGAUCUGUCUAAACGGUCAAGUGCUCAAGCGAGAGUCCAUCCACAACAGCAGUAAUGCCAGAUUCCUCAUGGAUUCCAUGUUCGACUUUGCAGAGAGAGUGAACUCGCUGAGAUUGUCGGACGCCGAAUUGGGUCUCUUCUGUUCCGUGGUAGUGAUUGCCGCUGAUCGACCUGGACUAAGGAACACCGAACUGGUUGAACGCAUGCACAACAAACUGCGCAAUGCCCUUCAAACAGUCUUGGCUCAAAAUCAUCCUCAACAUCCAGACAUCCUGAGGGAGCUUCUCAAGAAAAUUCCGGAUCUCAGAACACUCAACACUCUCCAUUCGGAAAAAUUGCUGGCUUUCAAGAUGACUGAGCAGCAGCAGCAGUUGCAGGCCCAACAGCAACAGGCUCAACACGCCGCUUCCAUGCAACAACACUGGCCUAUGGAGGAGGAUCCGGUAGUGUCCUGGGGAUCCGUCUCGGACAUUGCCCUCGACGAGGCUGUCAAGAGUCCCCUCGGUAGUGUCUCGAGUACGGAGAGCACGUGCAGUGGGGAAGUCGCAGCCUUGACGGAAUACCAUCACGUGGCGGCGUCCAGUGGUCAUCAUGCUUCCAACGCGCCACUCCUCGCGGCCACCCUCGCCGGCGGUCUGUGUCCCCAUCGUCGGAGAGCGAACUCCGGCAGUACGAGUUCCGGCGACGACGACAUGCAUCGCGCGUCCCUCUCGAAAACACCUCAACCACCCCAGUGUCCGCGUUUCCGUAAAUUGGACUCGCCAAGUGACAGUGGAAUCGAAUCGGGUACCGAGAAGGCCGACAAGCCGGCCAGCAGUAGCGCGAGUAGUGCACCCACUUCGGUUUGCUCCAGUCCACGCUCCGAGGACAAGGAAGUCGAAGACAUGCCAGUGUUGAAACGAGUCCUUCAAGCUCCUCCCCUCUACGAUACCAACUCACUGAUGGACGAGGCCUACAAACCUCACAAGAAGUUCCGCGCCCUCCGGCAGAAGGACAGUGCAGAAGCCGAGCCAGCCGUGGUGCAACACACUCAGUCGCAACUUCAUCUUCACUUGACGUCGCCCCCGGUGCGAAGUCCAUCAACUCAAACGCAAUCUCAUUGUCCGCAAACAGCGAGCCUCCUCAGCAGCACUCAUUCCACCUUGGCCAAGAGUCUAAUGGAGGGUCCCAGAAUGACCGCCGAGCAAAUGAAGCGCACAGACAUCAUUCACAACUACAUCAUGCGUGGCGAGGCCAGUCCGCGAUCACCCACAACCUCGCCGUCGCCCGCCGAGCAGUGCGCCUCAACGACAACCAUCACCCGCAGUCCCCAGGGCUCGCAGGGUCUUCUCCAGUGCGCCACUUCCGCCUACUCCACCUCAAGAUGGCCCGCAACUUCCGUCAUCACGACGACCACCGGCGCUCGCCAACAGCAUCAGAACAAUCAUAAUCAUCACCAUCAUCAGUCUUCGUCGGACUACUUAGUCGUCGGCAACUCGCCCGCAUCGUCGCCCAGGUAUCUCUCGGCGGCGGCGACGAGUAGCACGAGUACGAGUCCAAGGCCUACCUCAAGCACAGCAGCGACCCUCGUCCUCUCCGGCUGUCCCAGCAACAUGAUGGAACUCCAAGUCGACAUCGCCGACAGUCAGCAACCACUGAACCUCUCCAAAAAAUCACCAUCUCCAUCACCAAGGCCUUUAGUUGGACCCUGCAAGGCUCUCUCCCUUGAGGCGUAGUGCUUUUUACGAGUGGCGAGUUCAUCGCCCCCAACUCCAAAAAAGUGCCAGGACGCUCCAAGCGCGUGACAAACCAAAUAAUUUAUUAAAAGAAAAUUGUGAAAAACAGGUGGGAACACGGGAUUCUAAGUUUCUCUUUUUGUGUCUGUGAGAAAAAAUGAGAUUUUUUCAAAAGUGCCAGUGUCGCUGAUAGACGCUUUCAAAAAGUGCCAAAAAAAAUAAAUAUCAGUGCUGCGCGUUUCUUCCCCCCCACCUGUAUCCCCAUUGCUAAUCUAUCCCAAACUUUCCCAUCAAAAAGUCAGGAUAGCAAUCAGCAAUAAAAAUUCUCGUAACGCUAAAAAAAAAAUUGUCAACGUUACAAAAAAAAUGGAAUAAUCUACUACAUGUGAUAAUCAUGAAAAUCGCGCAUUCUGUACAGCCUCCACAUCAUUCAUCAAUCAUCUACUCUACUAUAAUUAUUAAAUAUUAUAAAAAAAUCAUUAAUGUUAUUGUACUAUCCUAAGACAUAGUAAUCGUAAAAAAAAAUUUUUGUCUUGUGUGUAUGAGUCAAAAAAAUGUUUAAUGUAUAUUGUGUGAAAAUGAACCUGGGCAAUCGACAAGAAGAAAAUAAAAAUCAAUCCACUCGAGAAAUAGAAUUAAAAAAAAAAGCCAGAAGCUAUUAAAGUUUUAAGCGUUUUGUUAUGAGACUGAUCGGUCCGCCGCGGCCUCCAGUUUGCAAUUACCGUACCUUUAUACCACAUGUUUGUGUCUGUCUAAAAUACCGAGGAACCAGAAUUUAAAAAAAUCGUGUUUUAGCAGAAUAGAAAUUGUAGUUUCUAAAGCAAAAAAAAAAAAAGAGUAAAUGCAAAUAUUUGUCGUCGCAUGAAUGAAUGAGAGUCAAAAAAUUAAAGAAAAAAAAAUAAUUAUGGACUGAAUGAGUGGAAUAGACGAAAAAAGAAUCGACGAAAAAAAAAGUGGUGUAAAUAGUUAAAAACUAAGGAUUUAGAAUUUUAGGCGCGAGUGGCGUGAGUUUCGUAGAAAAGCGAGAAAUCGCGGCGGGCCGCCGCCAAUGUGUUGUUGAGACGCCCGCCCCGCCCCCGUUUCCCAUUAAUCCAAAAGCACCCCAUAUUAAAAAAAGGCAUGUUGCAAAAAUAAAAAAAAGAAAAGUGAAAAAAACGAUCCGAAAAAAACACAUCUAGUUGCGCACCUCUGUCUCUACGUAGCAGCAUUCGUUUCUUCGCUAAUGCGCUGCUUUGCUCUUCUACGUAUUUAUUGUAUUCGGAAUCAUUCCUGAUUCGUUAUCGUUGCAUGUAAAAAAAAACCCCUUUUCCUUCCUCUCUUCCCCCCCCCCUGGUCUCCCUUGGUCCUCUCGUCCUUUCGUCCCUUGGCAGAUUGUUUCCUCUCGUGAUCGUGCACUCCUUUCGUAGUCAUUUGUCCAUUUAAUACAAAAAUUCUCAAUGAAAAAUCCAAAAAAAAAAACGAUAAUACAAUAUAAAUUCUAUAUUUAUGACCAAUUUUUCAAAUUUAUCCCCAGACCUCCAAAAAAAAAUAACCCAGCCCGCAAAAUAAGAAAAAAACUAGCGUUGAUAUUCGUAUACUGUUAUUGCAUAAACUACACAUAAUGAAUUAUUAUAGUAAACGAUACAUAAAGUAUGAUAUAUUUCUCUAUCCAUUAAGAAAUGAAAUAAAAAAAAUACAAACAGUUGUUUCCGGUGAAGUUAGAAAUGAAAAGAUUGUAAAACACUCACACUCAAAUUGACAUAUAUUCGUACACAAUCACUCACAUCAAAACAUUUUUGAAUGAAAUAGGCAAACAAAGAAAAAGAAAAUGAUGGAAAAAAUAAUACUGUACAAGAAAAAAAAUACAAAGUAGCCCCGCAUAUUGCCCAGUGAGCACGUCAUUUUUGUACGCUUGGGAGUUGUGAGGUCGUCUGAAUAAACAUUGUCUGGUGAAUUAUA